UGCUGUAGAACUGCGAAAUAUUGAAUUGAUUUAAAUUGAAUUAAUGAUAGGAAUAAAUGCUGAAGGAGUGCAAAGCUCACGCAUGCCCUCAUAAAGUUGUUGAUGUUAACCUAACCUCUUAAAAAAGUGUCAGAAGGUUGUUUGCUUCGGUCUUUUUAAAUGUAAAUAAAAUAUUUCUAAAAUGGAACUGUCAGUGGGUGAUGUAGUGAUGCCCGGAGAUAGGGUGAAAGAUGUUGAUUCAAAAGAUAACCAACAAAAAAUCAUAUUAGGUCCAGGUUUACGAACUGAUGGUGAAAAGGUGUACGCGUGCAAAGCGGGAAUCUUGAAAAAACGCAUGGCCGUCUAUUACGUAGACAGUCAUCAGAAAAGGUAUGUUCCUAGCCAAGGUGAAAAUGUUGUUGGUGUUGUCACACAAAAGGCCGGAGACAUUUUUAAAGUUGACAUUGGUGCAAGUGAAACAGCAUCUCUAUCGUAUAUUGCUUUUGAAGGCGCCACUAAAAGAAAUAGGCCUGAUGUGCAAGUAGGAGAUAUUGUUUAUGCAAAACUUUUGGUGGCCAGUAAAGAUAUGGAGCCAGAAUUGGUGUGUGUUGAUUCAUUUGGCAAAAAAGGCAAGCUUGGCAUUUUAAAUCCAACUGGCAUGUAUUUCACAUGUUCCUUGAACCUUGUGAGGAAGAUUCUUAACAAAAACUGUCCACUGUUACGUUUGCUAUCUGAAGAGUUAAAGUACGAGCUUGCAGUUGGAAUGAAUGGUAGGAUAUGGAUACAGUCUAAGGCCAGUGUUGAAAACAUCGUUGCAGUUGCCAACGCAAUUCUAGCAGCAGAGUACACAGCACCAAGUGAUUUGCAAGCUCUGUGUGUUUCAGUGGUUAAAUCAUUAGCUCAAUUAAAGUAAAAUAAAGAAAAUUGGU